AUGGAUACGAGCGAGAAAGUCCGGAUCAUCGAUGGAGAUGAGAUGGAAAACGUAGGCCAAAUACUCGGCGCCAUCGAAUGGCUAGGCUAUGCAGGCGUACGGGAUGCAACCACAACCUCUCUUCCUCCACGCGACGAUUCUGACGAUUCACUACCACCGUGGGAAGAGAUGGUCGAAAUGCUCUACGGUGUUGCGCCGGCUUAUUGGGGUCAAGGUGUAGCUCGCGAGGCCGCGGAAGCAGUCAUGCAGUGGGCGGCGGCUGAGAGGGGUGUAAAGAGGUUCAUCGCCGAGACAGAGAAGCUCAAUGCGAGAAGUGGAAGAGUGUUGGAGAAAAUGGGGUUUAGGAAGAGUGGUACUAACUAUUGGAAGAAUGAAGAUGAGUUUGAGUGGGAGAGGGACGCUGCGAGCUUGAUGUAG